GACGGCUGUAGCACCGCCCCCCAGGUUGCCCGGGUAACGGUGGGCGCGCGUGGUCGCGGAAGAGGCCUGUUACCCUUGAAGAAUGGCAGAGGCAGUCUUCCGUGCCCCGAAGAGGAAAAGAAGAGUAUAUGAGAGUUACGAGUCACCACUGCCCAUCCCCUUUGGUGAGGACCAAGGUUCCAGGAAGGAAUUCCGAAUAUUCCGAGCUGAAAUGAUCAGUAACAAGGUGGUGGUGAGGGGCGUGGAGGACAUGCAGCAGCUGUAUGGAAAGGGUUACUUUGGAAAAGGCAUUCUUUCAAGAAGCCGUCCAAACUUCACGAUCUCCAAUCCUAAGCUGGCUGCCAGAUGGAAAGGUGUGCAGACAGACAUGCCUAUAAUCACCUCAGAGAAGUAUCAGCAUCGAGUGGAAUGGGCCAUGGACUUCAUGCGUAGACAGGGCCAGGAUGAGAGCACUCUGCAGAAGAUCCUUAGAGACUACACAGAACCACUUGAGCCUCCUUGCAGAAAGGGGAAAGAAGAGGCCCCACAGCGUGUUCCACUCAACUCCGAGGCCAGCUCCUCCCUGGAAGGCAGAGUGGGAAAGGACAAACUCUCUAUGACCACUGGAGAUGCUGGACCAUCAGAUGGUGAGGGUCUCAGCACACACUCGGACAGCCUACAGGGGCCUGGCCAUGCCACACUCACUAUGGCUAGUCUGUCUAGCCUUAAUGGACAUGUGAUAGAGGACACCACAGUUCUGCCCCAGGUCCCCUGCCAGGUUGGCAUUUGGCCUGAAGACAGCAGCCAGGCAGCAGGAAAGCAAAAGGCUGCUCACGAGUAUGUGCUCGUUGAGGAAGAGCUGUGUGAUGUCCAGGAGGAGGAGGCCUCAGAUGAGAAGUUGCUUCAAAAAAAGAGACUGGUGUGCAGGAGAAACCCAUACAGGAUCUUUGAAUACCUGCAGCUCAGCCUAGAAGAGGCUUUCUUCCUGGCAUACGCCCUGGGAUGUUUAAGUAUUUACUAUGAGAAGGAGCCUUUAACGAUAGUAAAGCUCUGGCAAGCCUUCACCGCGGUCCAGCCCACCUUCAGGACUACCUACAUGGCCUACCACUACUUCCGAAGCAAAGGCUGGGUGCCCAAAGUGGGGCUCAAGUACGGAACAGAUCUGUUGCUGUAUCGGAAAGGCCCUCCGUUUUACCAUGCAAGUGGGACAGACUGCUCUCUGAACAAGGUGAUUUUGGGGUUUCCCAGGAUGCCUCUCUUGUCUCCUAGCUAUUCUGUCAUCGUUGAGCUCGUGGACGACAACUUCGAGGGCUCCCUCCGUAGGCCUUUUAGCUGGAAGUCGCUGGCUGCCUUGAGCAGAGUCUCAGGGAACGUCUCUAAGGAACUGAUGCUGUGCUACUUGAUUAAGCCCUCUUCCAUGACAAGCAAAGACAUGGAGACCCCAGAAUGCAUGAAGAGGAUUCAGGUUCAGGAGGUGAUUCUCAGUCGAUGGGUUUCUUCGCGAGAGAGAAGUGACCAAGAUGAGCUUUGACCUUCGAUCUCAGAGUCCGCAGUUCACCAGCAACUCUGACUAUGCAUUAUCAAUCUUCCCAGAGAAGCAUCCGCAUGUUUGGGGACCAGAGCCUCAUAUUCUGUGGCUUUAAGUGGAAAAUCUACUCCUGUGGCUCAGCUAACCCAAGGACUUCAACCAAUAACCAAAAUGAUUGAAAAUCAGUGAUGGUCUGGAAGCCUUGAAAAGCUGAGUGACUGAUACAUUCUCAAUGAACUCAUUAUUUGACAUGUUUGCUUCUUGAACACAAAAUUCUACAGUAUCAGCUAUUUAAAAUGCAUCUUGUGCUGGGUGGUGAUGGUACACGCCUUUAAUCCCAGCACUCGGGAGACAGAGGUUGGCAGAGCUCUGUGAGUUCGAGACCAGCCUGGUCUACAGAGUGAGUUCCAGGACAGGCUCCAAAGCUACAAAGAAACCCUGUCUCAAAAAAAUCCCCUCCCCCCCAAAAUGCAUCUUGCACCAGGCCAUGGUAUCGCACACCUAUAAUCCUAGCACUUGGGAAGCAGAGGCAGGCAGAUCUCUGAGUUCAAGUCCAGCCUGGUCUACAAAGUGAGUUAAAAAAAAAUGUGUCUUGCCAGGCGAUGGUGGCACGCGCCU